UAUGCAACACAGUGUAAGACUGUUCACGGAAGCUAGUCUACCCCUGUCGAUCAAAGGAUCAAAAAGAUUGCGAAGAGUUAGGUGUAAUGAGUAAUUAAUAACAGUAGUAAAGCCCACAUCUGUGUAGCACUCUGUUGUCUGUCUGGUUGCGGCAUGGUUACCAGUCUUGCCAGAACAGCGAGAGCGUGGUAUUUGACCUCAUGCGCGUUACGCAUCUCUUCGCUGCCUGUGCCUUUACGGCUGGCAUCGCUGGGCUCAGGACCACUGCAUCAACCGCUGGUGUUGAAUCCUUGGUUCGGCGGCGUCUGCCCCAACAUGCCGAGUCCUUCCAGUUCGAACUCGUAGAAGACUUGGACCCCGAUAAUGAGGUCAGCGAUGAACGCGUCAAUGAUAGCUAUGUCGUUUCUAGUACGAGUGAUGGCAAGGUCAUUGUGCAGGGAAACACAGCCGGCGCGCUGUUGGCUGGUCUGCACACCUAUCUUUCCAGUGAAGCUCAUGUCGAUAUAUGGUGGUUUAUCGGCAGCCAACUAGACAAAGCGCCCAGGGAACUCCCCGUUCUAUCUAGCCCAUUGACUGGCUCUAGCGUGGUCCCCUACCGGUACUACUUGAAUACUGUGACCACCUCUUACACAUCCGCCUUUUGGGGAUGGAAUGAGUGGGAGGAGCAUCUCGACUGGAUGGCCCUCCGCGGCAUCAACAUUGCGCUUGCAUGGAUAGGGUUCGAAAAGAUCAAUAUAGAGGUAUUCCGAGAGAUGGGCUUCUCCGAUGCCGACCUUGAGGAUUUCAUAAGUGGUCCUGCCUUCGUAGCCUGGAACCACUUCGGGAAUAUUCAAGGGUCUUGGGGUGGCUCGAUGCCUGAAUCUUGGGUCGAGGAUCAAUUCGCUCUUCAGUUGAAGAUCGUAGAGCGCAUGGUGGAGCUGGGGAUCAAACCUAUCCUCCCUGCAUUCCCUGGGUACACCCCCAGAUCGAUUACCCAUGUCUUCCCUUCGGCGAACGUAUCGAAUGGUUCGAACUGGGAGGGCUUUCCGACGAGGUACACCAACGAUACGUUCCUUGACCCCUUUGACCCGCUCUUCGAAGAGCUUCAAGUCCGUUUUGUGUCUAAACAGCAAUCGUACUACGGCAAUGUCACGGACCUUUGGACCCUGGACCAAUUCAACGAGAAUAACCCUGCUUCAGGUGAUUUAGGCUAUCUUGAGAGCGUGAGCGCUAACACUUGGAGCUCCCUUAAAGCGGCAGACCCAAGCGCAAUUUGGGUCAUGCAGGGCUGGCUUUUUUCGUCCAAUUCAGAGUUCUGGACUAAUGAACGCAUUCAAGCGUUCCUGGGGGGCGUGACAGUCGACUCUGAUAUGCUCAUUCUAGAUCUGUUCUCUGAAUCCCAGCCUCAGUGGCAGCGGACCGACUCGUUCUUUGGAAAGCCUUGGAUAUGGUGCCAGCUACAUGGCUACGGUGGUAACUACGGAUUGUACGGACAAAUUUCGAACGUGACAGUGAAUCCGAUUGAGGCGCUCGGCUCUAGUGACACGUUGGUCGGCUUCGGGCUUACGCCAGAAGGCCUAGAAGGCAAUGAAAUUAUGUAUAAUCUUCUCCUUGAUCAAGCUUGGAGCAAGAGCCCACUUGACACCGAGCAAUACUUCCAUGAUUGGGUAAGAACCCGAUACGGGGCGAGUGGUGUUGAUCUUCCGAAAGGCAUAUACGAGGCCUGGGAAACAUUGCGGCCGACAGUCUUCAACAAUACUAACCUCACUGCAAAUGCUGUUCCGAAGUCCAUUUUCGAGCUUGUGCCAAGCACAUCGGGUCUGGUAAACCGGACAGGACAUCAUCCGACAAUUCUUAAUUACGAUCGUGAGGUCGUUGUGACAGCCUGGAAGCUUCUGUACCAAGCAGGAGUACACGAGCCUAUAUUGUUCUCGAACCCAGCCUACCAAUACGAUCUCGUCGACUGGACACGCCAGGUUUUAGGCAACGCAUUCAUUCCACUAUACGAGCAGCUAAUCGCCACUUACAAGGCGCCACACAAACAGUCGCGCAAGUGUGAAUUGAAGCAUCAAGGCCAAAAGCUCACGCAGCUUCUCUUCACUCUCGACAGGGUGCUAGCGACGAACGAGAACUUUCGACUUUCUAAAUGGAUUCAAGAUGCUCGCGCAAGCGUGAACGCAUCUGAUUCGAAUCACGCCGCUAUCGCGGACUUUCUCGAGUACCAAGCUCGUAACCAGGUGACACUAUGGGGACCGACGGGCCAGAUCUCGGAUUACGCUUCCCGGUCUUGGAGCGGCUUGGUUGCGACGUACUAUCUACCUAGGUGGCAGAAGUUCGUGGACUAUUUAAUCGCGACGCCGCCGAGUGAAUAUGACCAGAAGACAUUUACUGCCGAGCUACUUGAAUGGGAAUUAUCUUGGGUUGAGCAGACAACUGGCGGCAUUGAAUUGUUGGACCAAGAGGGCGAUUUACAGACCGUGUUAGUCGCGGUUAUCAACACCUGGGGCUCGGUCUUCAUGUUAUAGACAUAUAAAUUCGCAUUGCCAGCCUUUAGCAUUAGUAUUUUCCUUCGCUUUCGUGAUUAGAAUAAUUAAUAAUGAUAGGAUGGAGGAGACAUCUAGAUGCUUUUAAAUG